AGGGGCAUGAAAAGAUUACACACGCAUAACAAAAGGAGAAGCAUUUGGUUUGGGGGUGGUUAAGGAAAAUAUCAAUUAAGGCGUGGGACUGCACUAUUUAUCUGCUUUGCUUCUCCUUUCUUCACCUUUCUAAACACACAACACAAUCCAUUCACUUGUUCUUGUGUCCGUCCUCAUUCUCAUCAUCUCAUGUGUCCAAUUCAACCAUUUUUGAAGCGCUAGCACUCUUUCCUUCUUGUGUAAAUGGCACAUGUUGAUGUUAUUCGAUUACAAUUUCAGCCCCUUCGAUUCUCCUCUUCCGCUCUCUUCAUAUCUCUCUCUCCCGCACCCUCCGGCAACAGUUCUAAGAGGCUAUUCUCUCCUCUCGCCUAUGCUUCUUCUCCAGCGCCACCUGCUACUCUUGCUUUCACCCCCAGAAGGCACUUCCUUUCUUUCAAGGUAUGUGCAACUGUUGCUGAAACUGGUCAGCCAAAAUGGUGGGAAAAGAAUGCACCAAAUAUGAUUGACAUUCACUCCACACAGGAAUUUCUGAGCGCUUUAAGUCAAGCUGGUGAUAGACUAGUUAUUGUGGAAUUUUAUGGAACUUGGUGUGCUUCUUGCCGAGCAUUAUACCCCAAGCUUUGCAGAACAGCUGAAGAUCACCCUGAAAUUCUUUUCCUAAAAGUAAAUUUUGAUGAGAAUAAGCCAAUGUGCAAAAGUCUGAAUGUUAAAGUACUUCCAUUCUUCCACUUUUAUCGUGGGGCCGAGGGGCAGCUUGAAUCAUUUUCAUGUUCACUAGCCAAGCGUAGCUGGUUGCAAGAAGAUGGUCAUAAUAAUACCUGUUUGAGUUCUUGGUUGGCCGGUUGAAUUCAGAAAAAGGCAUAAUCAAGUACACAGAAACACAUGUUAACUGACCAGUUUUCCUCAUUAAGCACAAGACUUGAUUACAAACUUGCGGGGCAAGUGGGAUGCCUAAAAACAAAUAUAUGAUGAUGGGUAUAUAAGCUUAUAAUAGUGGAUAGAACAUAAUUAUAUAGAAUGCUGGGAGCCAAAUGUAUUAAUUUGUUAAUCAGCUAAUGGUUCAUUUGGAAAUUGCAGUUUCAAAAAAUAAAGGAUGCCAUUGAGACACAUAACACAGCUCGAUGCAGCAUUGGUCCACCUAAGGGCAUUGGUGAUUUGCUUGUUGAACCUUCCUCUGUUCCUAAGGACAGACCAGCAGAAUCUGUUUAAGCGCAGUACUUCUAUUCAUACAUCUGUAUUAUAAGCUGUCUCACAAAGGGAAACCCCAAAGUAGGCUGUGGUCCAGAGAAACCCAUGAUUUGAAGGAUAUAUGUACUCUGUAUAUUUACCCUUUAAUUAUUAUCAUUAUUAUUAUAAUUAAUUUUUUCCCGUUUUACAAGGAUAUCAAGCAGAAUUGUUUGUUCUGUUUCAUUCUUGACCAUUCGUCAGCUGAUUGUAAUCAAGUACUUGAAAACUUUAGUGAAAUGAAAUGUUAGGUUUUGAAUU